CAGAGCUCAUAAAAUGUUUUCAAAGAACCAAAUUGUCAUUGACGCCAAAGGUCACCUCUUAGGUAGAUUAGCUGCCAAAGUUGCCAAGGAAUUAUUAUCAGGUCAAUCCAUCGUUGUUGUUCGUUGUGAAGAACUCAACAUCAGUGGUCCAUUAUACCGUAACAAAUUAAAAUGGGCUGAUUUCCUCAACUUAACCAUGAACACCAAUCAUGCUCGUGGUCAUCGUCACGCUCGUUCACCAUCAAAAAUCUUCUGGAGAGCCGUCAGAGGUAUGUUACCACACAAAACUGCUCGUGGUCAAGCUGCCUUAGACAACAUGAAAGUCUUCGAAGGUGUCCCAACCCCAUACGACAAAGUUAAAAGAGUCGUCGUCCCAAGCGCUCUUCGUGUUGUUAAAUUAAACACCACCAGAAAAUACACCAACUUAGGUAGACUUGCCCAAGAAGUCGGUUGGAAAUACCGUUCAGUUGUUGCCAAACUCGAAGUCCAAAGAAAACAAAGAUCAUCAACUUAUUACCGUAAAGCUGCUUUAAUCAAAUCAUACAGAGCUCAAGCCCUCAAAAAAUUCACCGCUUAAAAGAAUAAAUUGAGACAUAUAAAAAUUUUAU